CAGCCGUGGCCUCGCGGAGAAAGACAAAUAGGAAGUAAAAAGGAAAUACCGGCGGCCGAGAGAGAAAUGAUAAUGAAGACUGCUCCUCAUAUCUCCGCCGCCGCCGCGGCGCAUCAUAUCCGUUCCCCUUCCCCGGAUCACUUUUCCCUCCGACCAGACGCGACUAUACGCGUGUAUAUAUAUUAUCACGGAGCCUUUCUCCUGUUGUGCAUUUUUAUUUCCCGAGUACUGCGUACGUUAUACGCGUUUUUCUCGCGUGUAAUAGUUCAUUGCCGCCCGUAUUUUGUAGAACGGAGUCAGUAGGUUGUGGCCCUGCUCCAGGUGCUCGUCGUCGUCGUCGUCGUCCUCGUAGUCCACACACGCACAGUCCGCAGUCUCGUCGUGCACACACUCUUCGGCGGACAUCGACCGGCGCGCGAAUAUCUCGUCACCGUCGACUCUAUACGAAAUAACACACGUUACACAUCAUAAAAAUAUCAUUACGGUUUUUUCAUAUCUCUCUAUCUCUCUCUCUCUCCCCCGGUACACACAUACGAAACUUUGAUCGUAACUAUUAAUUUUAAAUAGUUUUUUUUUUUUUCUGGUUUUGCCAAUUACCUACUAAAUACUUAUAUCAUAAUAUACCACGGUACAGUGUGAUGUGCAAUAAUCGGUAGUAAACAUACAGUACGCGAACAACCGUCUCAACGUAUUUACCAAAUUUCGUAAAGUUAUCCGAACGACGCGACCGAUAGCCUGCAAAACGAUGAAGAGUCUCGGAUUUGCCGGGUAUCUUGCCGUCUGCUGGUGUCUGUGCCAAUGUAUACUCGACCACGGUAAGCAUUCGUUUUUCGUCUAUUAUCUAAUAUCAUUACGAUAAUCGCUAUAACAAUUAGGUUUACGCGGGUAAAUCAUGUAUAAUUUGCUAUUGGGUUUUCGAAUUUAAUUUAGGGUGUGUCGCAGAAUUCAAAAGUCGAUUUAUACUUUAAAAAUUGUAUUAUCGCCAUGUAAACGCCCGUUGAAUGGUUAUGUAUUAGAAGCAAUCCGUUCUUCGGGAUUUCUUUGAAAUGUCCGUACACGAUUUUGUAUACAAUAUUAUUAUUAGUGAGUUUGUGUAUUUGUGUGAACUGAUAUUAAUAUGUAUAAAAAAAUAAAAACAAGCGACUCGUCGUGCACGAGUAUGUCGAAAUUAAAAUUGGGAACAAUUUUUACUCUUUGCAUAAUAUUAAUUUUACGCGAUUAUUAGCAUAACGAACUAAACAAAAUCCGAAGAAUACCAAAUAAUAUCUAUACUGAAGGGUUAAACUAAAAUUCGUGAUCGUGUUUAAUACUGCACCCUAAAAAGUGCAAACGAACAAAAAAAAAAAAACCUAUCAUUGUAAAAUAAAAAACUCAUAUACGCGCACGGAUACUAAAAUGUAUACCUAAAUAACUGCAUUUCAUACUCUCUAUUAUAAUUUGUUUUUUAAUUGCUCAUGACUGCGGUUUACACUGAUAAUAAGUAUAAAAUAAACAAAAUAACGAUUAUAAUAUAAAUAUAUAUCGUACAAGAUACAGCGGCGUACAGCCAAGGGGAAGGGAUAGUUUCGAGUUACAAUCCGUCCCGAAUGAGCCUAUAUAAUAUUUUGACCUCCAUAGAAAAAUUCGCGUAACGAAGUUUUUCAUAUAUUUUUUUUUUUCAAUAGUUACCCCAUAAAUAUUGAAUCACCUCGUACACAUUAUGUUGUUUUUAUCUCUGUAAAAUAAUACAUAAUAAUAAACGAUUUGUAUCUCAUCAAAAUUACAAAAGACCACAUGCAAAUUACCUAAUCGGUUUUUAUAGGCGAAUUGUUCGAUUUAAAAUUAUGCCUGAAAAAUUUACCAACUUAAUCUAUACGUAUAUAAAUAUGGGUUUUACAAAUACGAUUAUAGUUAAAAAAUAAACAUCGUCUCACGAUUGAUAAUGCGCGUCUGAUAUGAAAAAUACCUCUGCAGCGUAAACGAAUCAUAUACGCCUAAAAACAAAAACUAAUAAUAACUAUUAAUAUAACUUGAAAAAUUAACUGAGAAAAAAAAUAUCUAAUUUUUAGUGUACGACUUUAUCGCAAUAAGUAAGAACUUAUAAUAAAUUACACAGUUCAUAUCAAAUAAUAAUAAUAAUAAUAUAUAUUUAACGAAAAUGUACACCUGUCAACGUUAAGCUGGUCGGCGAGAUCGAACAAGAUACAAAUAAGUCGAUGGAUGACAGAUCGUAUAUAAAUAUAUAUUUUUUUUUUUGGAAUUUCGAAAAAAAAAAAUUACACGUUUGUCCAGUCCAACGAGAUUUCCCGAUCCAAAUGGUGUGCCACUAUUAUAUACGUAUAUAUGUGUACAAUAAUAAAUCGCCAUAAGAAUGCGUUAACAAUUUGUAUGCUAAAAACUUUGUCCGUCUGUCAACUCUGCAAUAUAAUAUAAUAUAUACCCAAUACGAUGAUUUAUAUUUAAUUCGUGAUAAUAUUUUCUUUGUUAGUUUCCCGAAGACCGAUGACGCGUGUACCGAUAAUAUAUAUAUAUUGAAAAAUAAAAUAAAAAAUUGUUGGAAAAUAUAGUAUCGUCGAUAGAUUUUUUAGGUGCAUAAGAGCAAACCUCGGAAACCGAGUAUUAUUUCGGAAUAUAAUUUUAUUAUAUUUUUCGGUAUAUUAUUAUUCUCCGACGGGUAAUAAAGAUCCGUCUAUCUUUAUUAUCCGCAACCUAAUAUUUACAUACUAUACCGAAUUGAUAUCUGCUAUCUAUGCGGGUAUUAUACUAUUCGUAUAUCAAACUGGACUUCACAGUUAAAAUAAUAAUAAUAUACUGGUCGAACCGGACCGCCAAUCGUACUCGUACACGCCAUUAUAUGGAUAGACACCUAUACGUUCAUUCGAUCGCUAUAUUGCAAAAGUAAAUCCGAAAACGAGGAAAAUUAACUAUAUAAUUAAAACCCGAAUACCGUUAACGCCGACAAUAUUACCGUAAAUUCCUCAUUAGGUGCACCUAUAUACUUAUGUGUGCAUUAUCUCUUAAGACGAAACUUCGGUAUUUAUACGCAGCAGCAAUCACGGUUUAUUAUUGCUAGUUUUCGUACUUACGUACUCGUAUAUUAUGUAUAAUAAGUGUUUUAACAAGUGCCAUAAAAUAUUUUAUACAUGAUACUUAUAAUAUUAUGUUAUACGAUCACGUAUAAAUACUUAUUAUACCCAUUCAUGCGCGCGUAUUAAACGCUCUAAAAAAUCAACAAAAAAAAAAUCGAUUUUAUUCACAUAAAAACUAAAAGAACUUGAAAAUUUCAUGUGGAUGCUGUAUAAACAGUUCAAAAGUCACCAUAGUGCUUUAUAAAUUUCCAAUCUUCAGUUUCUACGAUUAUUUUUAACCAAAUUAAAAAAUAAUCGAAAAUAUUAUUUCGUCGUUUUCCUACGUUUUUCCCCAAUUAUUAUUAUCGAGAAAUUAUUUAAGAAAAACCAAAAAGGAACCUCCUCAAUGCAUCAACUUUAGACGAAAUUCACUUGAAGAAUAGACACUAUACUCACAUAUGAACAAAAUUGCUGACAUAGAAAAGUUAACAGGUAGAAAAUCGCAUCGUGGUGCCAAUCAAUAAAUUCAUCGCUAACUCGAAAUUUAUCAAAUAUUACCUAAGUAUAACGUUUAAUACGAUGGCAUCGACUAUGGACACCCUCCCCGGACUUCAAAAUUUCAGAUAUAAUUUUUUCUGUACUUGUUGUUUGAUUUAAUUAUGCCCCUCCCUGAUAAAUUUCCUGCGGGCACCCAUUGCAUCGUCUAUUAAUAACCGAUUGGCCGAAUAUAAACUAUUCGAAUAUCUUUCCGCGCAUUAUUGAAAACAAAGACGAAUCCAGGGUGGGAGUCUAGAGGCCCAGGCCCCCUCCGCCAGACAUAUUAUUUUUCCUGUUUUUUUUUUUUUAUAAUUCUAUAGAUCCUGAUAUUACUAUAUUCCAAUCACUGAUGUAUACGAUGAAAUAAUAUAACUACAUUAUAUUUUAAUUGUAUUUGUGUUGUAAAAGAUAGUUGGCUCUCCCCCCGGAUCUUUGCCCUGGAUCCGCGCCUGAUUGAAACAACUCUCCUUGAAAUGUAAACUAAUCCUUAUAGUUGACAAUAUCGUUAAACAAACGGAACCGAGAUAAUGCGAUUUUACAUUUUCAAACGGUCGAACGAAUAUUAUUCUAAUUUUCGAACAGUCCGGAGAAUACAAAUGUUCCGUUUGGCCGUGCCCGUUGCUAUUAUGCAUAUAACUGUAGACUAUAUUGUAGUAUACGUGCAUACAUUAUGAUAAUGUAAUCGAGUUGUGUAUUGCAGCAAGCCGAACGCGAUUCCGUGUGUGUUUUCUCGUUGUUCGAAUCGCAUGAAACUCUACGAGACAGAUUACACACAGGUAUUAUUAUUGUAGGGUGUACAGAUCCGACUGGCCGAUACACGCGCAACAGCGGCAGCGGGUCGGUGUGUACGACCGCGUAGGCGGCGCCCAUUGAAACGACAAAAUACGACGAGGGGCGCGCACUCGUAUCACAUAUUAUUAUUAUUAUUUUAUUAUUAUACUUACAACUCGUACUUACACGGACGUGUAUAAUAAUAAUAAUAAUACGCGUGAUAACGGGCGAAAGGUCCGACGUCAGUGCCACACGCGCGCGCGCGGUUUGUUACUCGCAGAGUAACAUACGUGCGUAUGUAUUUCAAUGACGACGACGGCGGUAAUAAUAAUAAAAUGUGUACACGAUCGCGUACGCAUGCGCGCGAGCGCCUAGUUCGCGUUACAAGUUCGAGAGGGCAUAAUGUUACAUAAAUCCGAUUAGGAAAUUGAUACACGGAGAGGAGAGACGAGAGGAAAAAAAUCUUCGCGAAUAUAAUGGAAUGCAUCGCGAGCGGCUAAUAGGAAACUGGUUUGGGUACCUGCAGUGACGUGUGCGCCAUAUAGUGCAGCCGCGUUUUAUUUCAACCGCAGAGGAAACUUGCGCCGGACAAAAGGAAUAAUAAUAAUAAAAAAAACAACUUAUUCAGAUAAAUCGAGAAGAUUAAUUCAUUGGCCGAAGAGUACGGGCUGCCAUGACCCCGCCGAUUGAUCUGCGGUACAUCGAUCGAUGUAUCACUCGAAAUAAAACCGAACGGACGUGAAAAUAAUAAUAAUAAAUUGUAUUAAUUGCCUCGCGGAAGCACAUGGGGUGACGAUAUCAAUAAAUGGUUUCAAAUAAAACACUAAUAGUACUAUACAAGUAUCGACAAGAGCCGGUCUCGUGUAUAGGGUUCUUUUUUUAAAAAAACUCGAUAUUUAACCAGAUAUUUUCGAGGAAAAGAACGUCUCUGAGAUAUGAAAAAAGCGUUUUAAAAAUCGAGUUUUCGACAGAUCAAUCGGUUAAAUUCGAUGUCAGCUUAUAGUUUUCGAUUUCGAAUAUCAAUUUUAAAAUAAAUCGGAACGAAUAUCAGUUUUAUAAAUCGGUAUCUGUAGGAGAAAAAUCAUAUCAGCUUAUCACAAUAAAAUCCACGAGCAGAAAAUUUCGCAUACUUUAAGGUACUGGGUAAAAAAUCGAAGCAUUUUUACCGACGGAAAAAUAUUUUAAAUUAAAAAAUCAAUUUUUUGGAAAGUGUUGAGAAUUAUUACGGAAUAUUUUUCAAAAAAAGUACCAUCAAACCAAAAAUCAACUUCUUUUGAAGUACAUAUAGCAUAAACGAAUUUGAGAAAAAAUGGAAAUAGUAAAAGUGUUUUCUGUGACAAAAAAAUACAUCUUUGUAAAACUAAUAACACUCUUGUGUUACACUCAGUACCUAAUAACAUCAAAACACAAAUCCAAUUGUUGAACACUUAUAAUGCUAACAGAGAACGAUCGUCAAAAAUUAAAGAAAAAAAAAACAUAAAAAAUAUUGAUGGAAAUACAUGUACAGCUAGAGAAUGCAUGUACUGCAAAAAAUAAAAUCAUUCCUGGCGUGUUAGCAAUAAUAUUUAACUGUACAUAAUAUUAUAAUACGUAUCGCAACGCGAUGACUCGAGAAAUUCAAUAACCAAUUAAUCAAAUUACAAAAUCACAAAAUUUAUGUUUACAUAUAAUACUUAUGUAGGUAACUAGUAGUAGUAAUUAGUAACUAAACAAAUUUCAAAUUACUAUAAUAAAUCAAAAACGAGUCCAAACAAAAAAAUGUACGCCAAUAAAAAUAUUUUUUACUGCAAGAAAUUAUAUUUAAUAACACAGUUUCAUCGACUGAACUUUUUUUCGAACAUGUUUUUCUUUAUUUUUAAUUUUAACGUUUUAAACCAUGUUCUCGGCGUUUUAACGAGUUUCAUAUUUAUACGAUUUAAAAUUUUUUUAAAAAAAAAAUUAAUUUACUCAGUCUGGGUCUAAUUUUCAUUUUGAAAAAGAAGUGUUGUCUUCGGUACAGUGACUGGAUAAAAUGUUGGUUUCCUAUCUAUCGCAGUUUUUGUCAACUUCCAUCGGCAUCCAUCGAUCGAUAGCAUAUUUUUAACUAAUAUGUUAGUUACCUAUACUAUAAAGUAAAUGACAACGAAGCGCGGGGUGCUUACGGACAAAAUAUGAAAUAAAUACAAAAAUAAUAACAAUAAAAUAAAAUACCGCAAUCGCGUGCACGGAACCCCUACAGCGAAUUAAUACGUAACGUAAAAAACGUACCACGUUAUACUAUAGACGUGACAAUAUUUUCGUUGACAUUUUUCAUAAAUUAUAUUUUUAAUUUGUUAAUCCGUUUUAUAAGCGCGGUGUUUAAACGGGUUUUUCUUUUCUAUUGUCAUUAUCGUUUUUGUUAUUUAUUUCGUUACGAAACGAUUGCACGACGAAUAACAUUUAACAAUUAUUGUUACUGCGGCGGCGGCGGCGGCGGCGAGAGAACCGCUGCACGAAACGCGCGCGCCGCCGUCCGAGAAGAAACCGUACAAAACCGCACACGUCGGAUGCAUUAAAAAAUAUUUCGUGCGGUUAACGAACGGCGCGAACGGAAAUCUCGUCGAUCGAACCGAUUCCGUUUUGAUAUUUUUUCGAUCUUCCGCGGCGACACGCCACACCGAUUUUUUUUUUUUUUUUUUUCCCAUUCACAACGGCUGCGGCGGCGGCCCCUCGACCAAAACGCCGUGCCCCGUAUCCAUCGCGACGCGCCACGCCCGUCCGCAGAGACUGGUUCUCGACCUUGUCAUUGCGUCGCUCGCGGGGCCCGCGGACUGUCGGACGUUAAUACGAAACGCAGAGGGUUAACCGUGUAAAUAGUCGCAGUUGAACGACGACGUGGCCGCCGUCCCGUCGUCGUGCGAAUCACCGCGGAUAUACGCGCGCCGAGCUCUCGUUGUAUUAUUAUUUCCGGGUCCCCCGACCCCUGUCCCGUCUCCCUCCGGGGCCCGGGUUUGGGGAUCGGGUGGUGCAGCGGCGAACCGGCACGUAAGCAUAGCGCACGUCGCUAGAGAGACCCCUCCCCCUCAUAUUAAAUAGUUUAAUGAGCCCUGAUUGGUUGUAUUUCGAUUGCAGACAACAACAGUUUUAUGACGAUGAUGACGAUACUGGCGUAAAAUCAUAAAACAAAAUACGACCGUGAUUACGAAAUGAUUCGCACAGAAGACGGAAAUACAGUCGUCGAAACGGAGAAUCCAAAUUAAAAAAUUAUAAUAAGUAUUGAUUACACUUAACACAGUUUAAAAAACAAAAUACUCAAUUCGCACACGGCUGGUAAUUGCGUUCCCUCGAGAAAAAUAAAUGAUCUUAAGAUUAUAUUACAGCCAACAACAAUUGCAAGAAGACCAGCGUAGGUGUAACAAGAGUAGUAGUAAACGCUUAUUAGCUAGCAGACCAACUCUAGAAGAAAAUGAUAAUACAAUUUUUUCUUAAAACAACCGUGUUAAGUGUAAUAAAUACUGUUUUUUUUUUUUUUACUUUCGGUGCACUUAGAAACCCGGUGGGAUCAUGACGAGGUAUGAUCACCCGUAUGAUUGAUAACGACACAUUAUGCAAACAACGUGUUGACAACCAAAAUAAACGUGUGAGAUAAUGAACGGAAUGUUUUAUUAAUCGGCCGUCUUCGGAGUGCAAAUUUGUUCUUUCUCACGCUAUAGGUUUUAUAAUCAGCCUAUCUCUCUUGAACACCGAACACGGCUCCCGGUCCUCGGGGUGAACGUUUUGUAUGGAUAAACACAGAGACCGGAUUUAUGUUCCCUUAUAGUCCAUAAAAAGGCGCUUUAAAACAUCAAAGAACCAUUAAAUAAAAUCGUACAUACAUUAUAAAAAAUAAAAAAAUACUUUUUAUUAAUCAUUUCAGUGCUGUUAGAAAAUUGUAUUUAUAAAUUAAAUCCGUUAGAUAUGGGGGGGGGGAGAUUAUUAAACCUCUCUGUUAUUUUUGGGUUUUUAUGUAUUUUUUAAGUGAUUUUUUUCAAGGUUUUUUUAACGUUUUCAAGUGCUUUUUUGAGUGGAUUUUAAGAACAUAUAAAUCCGGUCUCUAGAUAUGCAUAUGCCUAUACAUUACAACGCGUGUGAACCGCGCGAAAUCAUCGGCGAAACUUACGCGGCCGGCGCGGACCAAACGGCGGCGGUAGCGGCCACGGCGAUUAUCGCAAUAUUAUUCUCAUUAUUAUCAUUAUCAUUAUUAAUAUUAUUAUUUUAUUAUUGUGUUUAUAUUCUCGUCCGAGCGGUUCAGUGAACUUUCGUGUGGACCGCGCCGUCGUCGUCGGCGACGUCGCGUCGGCGGUUUACGACACGGGCGCACGGCGAUAUUUACAACAAUAAUACGGCGGCGUUAUAUUAUUGGCGCUCUCGGACUAUAAUAAAUCUAACCCGGGUUGCGGUACCGUUAUCGCGUUUUAUUUACGCACGCCGGAUACCGCAGCCGUCCGUAUGCAUCGCGGGUAAAGGCGUGCGCCCACACGCCGCCACAGCGUGACCGACCGCGGCCUCUGAGGCUGGAGCAGCUUUUCGUAUUCAGUCUACUAUACUUCAAGACGUUUUCUUUCGGCGUAUUCCGUUUCGUUUUUUCACGAUAUUUCAAAUGCGUAUAUCUACGGUGUUUUGUUAAAAGGGCGUACACCGCUAAAUAUCGAAAAAUACAUAUUCGGUAUUAAUAGAAUCUGAAAAAUUAAGCGCGUAAAAUGGUAUAAGGGUGUAUUUAAUUACAGAAGAUUAGUUGGCAUUGGUGAUGUCGACUAAAAUGUAUCCAGGCGCUCUUUUAAAAUAUAAUUAAAAUUAUACAACGCCGAUUCGUUAUUCGUUAAAUAAAAUAAUCUGUAAAAUAAAUAAACUUUAUUUUAAAACCAUUUUUAAUUCUUUACCCCUACUCCAUGUACCUUAUAUAAGUGCAUACUUUUGAUUUUUAAAUAGGAACCGCCCAUUUUGAACACAGAUUUGAAUACAGAAUAUUUUUCUGGAAAUUUUGAUAUGCAUAACACUAAUAUCAGAUUUACCGUUUAUAAGUUAUAACAGUUUAAAAUUUAGACCGAAGUAGAGAAGGGCCAUAGAUAGGCAAUUCAUUACCCUUGUUAAUAUUUUAUGUCUAGUUUUUUAUUGAACCAGGCGUCCCAUGGUUUUAAAAUGGUUCGCGGCCCAGGACAAAUGCCUCCAUCGCCCCCCCCCCCGCCAUUAUUACAGUUCUGCUCGCAACUGUCGUAACGCCACACGCGAUGUACCUACUCAGUUGCCAUUCCACGACUACCUAUAAAUAAAGCGACUCUCGCACGAUUUUUUUUUUAAUAUUAUUAAUUGAACUCGAUUGAAAAAAGUAAACCGAAUGCCUUUUAGACGCGGCGCUCCAGCAAAAACGCUGAAAAUCAUUGCACUGAAUGAUAAUAAUAGAUUUUUAACAAAAUUAAAUUAAACUGACUACUAUGAUGGAAAUGGAUUCAAUCCAAGAGAGAUACGAUAGGACAUAUUAUUAUAUUAAAAGGUAUGAAAGCUCACUAAAAAUAAUAAUUUACGGAGAUUUUAAAGGAUAUGAUGGAUGAGGCAGAAUACAUGACCCAAAUCUGAAAUCAUCGAGAACAUAAAUAGGGGGAGGGAAAAGGAUCUAAAGGAACUAAGGUGUAUAAACAGCUAGAAAGGUAUGUAGAACUCAAACAAACUAAUAUUGGAAUAUUUUACGAGAAAAAGGAAACUAUUAAAUAUACUGAUAGUACAAUCCCUCAAGGAAGAUAAUUCAGACUAUAUAGGUAAUGCUUAAGGGUUUCGAAUUCUCGGCAAUUUUCGAUUUCAUAGCUUAACAACUGUGUAUAUGGUUCCAAUAAAUUAACUAUUCUUUACAAUAUAAAUGACGAUUUUUGUGUUAUGACAAUGAAUCUUUGACUAUUUUUUAUGUUUAUGGCGUUUUAUUAUUAGCAAACAAAUUACCAUCAAAAUCCAACGUUUCUUUGCGCCGAUUUGUUAACGCUAAAAACUUUAGUGUAAAUUCACGCGAACUGUAAUAUAAUUAAAAUUCAAUUCAAUUAAAGUCGGUAUUUUCCAUAUGACCGCUCACUUACACUCACAUUACACGAUUAAUAAUACCGUCAUGAUAUUUUUUUAAAUUCUGUUGUCGAGAAUCAAAUAUUGCUACCGUCUCGGUCCAGCAAGUUUUUCGGAAAAGUGUCGAACAAUAAAUUUCCAUCGGCAUGUGCGGAAAAGUAUUAAUAUUAGGUGACUCUUAUUUCAUAUAUUUCAUAUAUUGAAAUUUUCGAAAGAAUCGUUAAGCGUUGUAUAUUUUUUAGCAAACCGCGACUUAUCACCGAUUAGUGUAAUUUUUUUUAGAAAUAUACGACUCAUUAUGUUGUUUACCGGAAACGUUUUAGAACAACGUAUAGUCGGUACACGCGAAUAACGAGCAUAGUACACGUCAUAAUAGUGUUACGUUGUGGGUGCUGACGUAUAAUAGUUACGAGGAUUAUACAGUCACAAAGGAUACGGGAAGAGAUCGAACGAAACAAAGUCGUCGAACUGUAAUUUUCACGUGAUCCUGCGCUUUAUUAUUAUUACCGUCGUCGGUAUUAUGAUUGGUACCUAACUGUCCUCCCAAUUGUUUUAUGUUAUUCGUUUACACGAAAAACGGUACACGGGUUUUGCGGUUUUUUCCUAAUCGGUUUUUCGAGAGGCGUACCGUCGCACAUAUUUCAAUGAUUAGGUAGGUACAGUAAAAAAAAGAGAUGGACAUAUUUCGCAUCACCAUCAACCGUCAACUAUGAUGGAUAGGCCCUUGAUUUACAAGUGCAAAUUUCGUAAUGUAGGCAAUAAUAUAUAGUUUUUAUUCAGUUUAUAAUAUUACACAGAAAGCCAUAACGAGUAAUUGCCAACAAAAGAACAUAUUCUGAAUGUGAAACUUGGGGAAUUAAUUAAGUUUAAAUGUUGUUUUUUUCCAUGUAAUCAAGGGAAUCCAGAAAUCAAAAAAAAAAAAAUCAAUAAUUAUAAAUUUAAAUGUACAUACCUAAGUGCUAUAUAGAUAUUGUCCGAAAUCGAUCAUCGUAAUUUUUUGUCACCGGUUUUUAAUCAGAAAACUGUUGGGAAUCUAUUAAUGCACCCAUCAAAAUAGUAUAAGGCAGAAAAUUUGUAUUUUUUAAACGGUAUUUAAAAGUUUUGGAACACUUUUACUAAACAAAAAAGUGUUUCCUGAGAAAAAAAUCAACACAUCGUAUGAUUAAGAUAAAACAAAUGUCAUAUCAUCACGCAUGAUCUUCAAUAAUAUUGUUAUAUUGUAUUGUACUCAAUAGUAUUAUAUUUACUUGCGAUAUUGAAUCUAUCGUAUAAAAAACGAGAAAAUUUACGAAAUUUAUUAGUUUCAAAUUGUAAAUAUUACGGCCUAUCGAAGCAUAUUUAAUUGAACUCCGCUCAGAACCACUUAACGUUAGCAAUGAUUAAUCGUUGCGUACAGAUAUACCUAUAUUCAAUUUCCCCUUUACCUUUCCAACUUCUCACCUAAACCAGUGGCCCACCCAUCGUGUGAAGUAUGUCCGUUUACUUUUUAAUAAUAAUAUUAUAAUCUAAAUAUACUGUGUUACUAACUCGCUGGUUAUAAAAAAAAAAAUAAAAAACUCUCCUGAAAUCACUUAGGUAUAAUUCUUACGGUAUAUAGUAAUGGAAUUGAACUGGAAAAGGAAUCAAAAAAAAAAAAAGGAUCAGCAUCAUUCAUAGGAUAUAAUCUCGUUAAUAAGUAGCUUUAGUAUUGUACACUAAAACGUCAACGUAUGUUAAUACGAAAACAGUUAAUAGUAUAUACUUAUAUCGAGUAUUAAACAUUAUUUAUAACAAUAAUAUUUAAAUCGUAUAAAUAUGAAAACACUUAAGAGAUUAUAAAUUUCUCCCUUUUAAUUUACAACAAUAUUAAACGUCAUCGUCGUCGACCGUAUAUUAUAUAAAUAUUAUCGUCUGUGUGAUAUUAUGGCAAUUAUUAUUAUAAUAAUACUGUUAAAUGGAUUUAUCGUUACUAAUACAACUUUUAAAUUAUACAAUAUUAGAAUAUUUUUAGUUUCAUGUCGUUUCAAUCUAUGUUGUUUUAACAGAAAAAAAAAAGAGAAAUUGAACUUAAUUUAUUUUCAUCUGUAAUAUCUGCACGUGGUGAAAUCGAAUUUCAAUAUAAAUAUAAUAUGUGUAGUAUGAUAUGUAUUAUUAAAAAUUAUAGAACGGCUAAUGAUCAUCGACAUUAAUUCAAAGCUGAGAAGUAACAAAUUAAAAAUUUAUGUUAACUCUUAACUCGUUAAAAAAAAAAACAGUAUAUUAGAAAAUACUUAGGUUCUUUUCAAAAAAAAAAUUUUAAUUUAAGUAAUUUCUAACGAAAUGUUUGAAAAAAGAACUGUGUACCUGUGUUUUAUUUUCAAUUAUUUUUCAACGAAAAUUAAGUAUUUUUAUGUAGCAUAUUAUUAUCAAAUAACGAAAUGGAAACGCGACCUAUGCAAGUAUACCCAUCACGAGAAUUUUGUAUAGUGAGUCUAUAAAAGUAAAAAUGCAUUAAUGAGUGUACUUAUACUGUACCUAAAGUUAAGGAUGAUUUUAAAAAAAUUGCUUUUAACUUAACUGAGUUACUCAAAUUCAUUAUAUAUAUUUCAAAACUAACUUUACCGUAGCUUAUUUAUUUAUUUAGGACAAUUUAACUUAAAUUAGUUUAAAAAAAAAUUCGAUUAAUUUGCCCAGCUUUACAUUAAUAUAAAUUACGCAACGCAAAACUCGUAAAAAAAAUAAAUCCGUUUCGGAUGCGUUAUUAACACUUGGGUAAUAUUUUUUAUAGAUACAUAAUUAUAAACAUAUCUAAUAUUAUAUGUACAAUUAUUUACAUGUUAAACAAUUCAACUGAACGCGAUGACUGAACCGAACGGAUCCGGUGUGUUCGCUUCCUUUAUAAUAUUCCUAUACGAGAAGAGAUCAAAGACAAUGCAGACUGAAUAUUAUAUUUACCGGACAAAAGAAUUUUAUAUCAUAUAUAUAUAUAUAAAAAAAAUUAUAUAAUGUGAGAUUUGAGAAUGAUGACAGUUUAACUUGUUCUUUGAAUCACUGCAGUAGUCAUUAGAGACCAUUAUUGUUAUUGUUAUUAGACGCGUCACACUGCACAAUAGUUAAGUAGCAAUGUCGGUGUUUUAUAAAAUUAAUAAUUAUAUAUCGUGUCUUAUAAUUUUUUUUAUCAUUUUUUGCUUCACCGAACACGUUAUUAUUUUUUACACGACACUUAAAUGUGCAUUAUAUACGAGAUUGUAUAAACCGUCUCUUGAUAAUAAUAAAACAAAAUAUAAUCGUUUCUAAAACCAUUGGUAGAUAUUAUUAAAUCGGCGUGAUCUUACGGCAAAACUAAUAAAAAGAAAAGAAGUUUAUAAUACAUUUUUUUUUUUUUAAAUCCGAAAUCUUGCUUUUAUAACUAUUAUUAUUACUUACAUGAUUUAUAUAUAUAUAUUUUUAAAUUGAUAAAUAAUCGUAUUGAAUACAGCCGUCUUUUAAAAAUAUAUCAAACUUAAAAAGAUAUAAAAAUGUUAUAGUAACGUUAGACGCUAUUGUAAUUUUUUAAAUAAUUAUAAAUAUUAUAAGUAUUAUUUUUAAAAAAAAACCCCAUGGUUUUUAUAAAACUAUAUAGUAAAAAUAGGCAAUUUAACUUUUUAUUAUAUUAUGGUAUAUUAGAUAUUUAUUAUGGUACCAAGAAAAGUAUCUAGAAUAAUGUCGAACACAAAUGUGAAAUCAGAACUAACACCCAGCUAUAAUACAAAAUAUAUAAAAAGGAAAAUUUGAUGGUCCUGCAGAGGGACAAAUCUAAAAUAGGCCGGCAAUGUGUGGUGAACUGGUGGAACUUUUGUAAAAAUAGAAAAAUACUAAGAGUAUACCAAGAAGAUGGACGGACAACGUUAUGGAUUUGUAAGAAAAAAUUUAAGUGGAAUACCGGAAAAAGCAUUCUGACAGAAGCCGACGCGACACAAAGAAGUUGUUUGGCGAUAAAGAGCUUGAAUGACAAAAAAAAAAAAAAAUAAAUAAUAUUUUUUGGAUUUUCUAAAACUACAAGAAAACAAUCCGAAUUCGUCCGUUAAAUGUAUUGUAUCUGAAAUUAUUACAGUACCAUUCAAAUUUAAAAUGUUAGUACAUUACUAUAUUAUAAUAUAUCCUGUUCGAGGUUGAGCUAAGCGAGGCCUGCGACAAAGGAAAUAGAAAUUACUGUUUUUUGGGUGUUUAAAUAAAUCUGUUCUGUCAACUAUUUACAAAUAGAGAUAUUUAAUUUCUUUAGAUUUCUACACAUAAACGUAUUAAUGCGGUUACCAAAUUCUCUCAAAAUGUAUACAAUUAUAAUUCACGUUUAAAAUACGUUUAGAAACCGGGAAUUCUGCACGGUUCUCUUAACUUGUUUAUAUUAUUAUGUAGUCAGUAUAGUUAUUUGCAUGUGCAGCAUUCUAGAGUCAUCAAAUUGAUAGAUAUGCCGAGUAUUUUAUUACUUGUGUAUUGACCUCGUAAAAAUUACGAAAAUUAUACAAAUUUUAUAAAUAAACUAAUAAAGAUUGAUAUUGAUUUGAUAAAUUAGCGUAUCGGCACGGAAAAUACAAAAUAUUCACGUUAAAUCUCAGUUGUCAUUACAAUAUUGUAAUUUCAAAUAUAUUUCAUGGUCAUCGACGAUUAUCCGUUAAUCUUUAUAUGAACGCAAUCGAUUAUUUUUUUAAAUUAAGUAAAUAUAUAUACAUAGGUACGCUUUUUAAAGAAAACAAAUAUGAUCAACCCGGGAACACGCUCUCUCGGAAUAAACUUGUUCGAAAUAGCACUAAAACGUUAAAGUAAAAAAAUAAAGAACUACAUAGAUACCUAUAUAUAUUUAAAUUUAAUCCACGUAAAUUCGUUCCGAUGCAAUAUUAAUUGUUUAAAAAAAUACUAUUAAUACGAAUACGCGAGUAUAAUGAGUAUUAUAUGUAUUAUAUAUGUAAACACUAAUAAUGCAUAUUUUAUGUUUUGAACCACUACUGCAUUCUGUGCCGGUUAUUUAAUAAAAACUGUGUUAGAUUUUAAUAAUUAACGGUUAAAAAUAAAUCGUUAUCUGGAUGGGACUCCGCUUAUAUACCCUCUGCAUAACAACUGGUUUGGAAAACGAGUCCUCGGCGCAAAUAUCGUAUAUAGAUGGUAUUUUAAAUUUUUAUAAUCAACGGAUAAUAUUAUUAUUAUUAUCUUACCUUCUGAUCCUUGGCACGACAUAUUGCUACAAUUUAGCUCGAUUCUUUAUAAAUGGCUACAUUUUACUGCGUAGGUAGCAGAAGUGUCAAAAAUUCCAUGUUAUCACGCAAAGUACGGAUAUCUAGGCCACCGUGGCAUUAUUGUCCUAAAACAAUACAGAGUGAUUUAUUAUUAUGAUUCAGCGAUUUUCUCAGAGGAUUUUAAGAAAAUUCGAUUUCUAGUUCUUUAUUUCUAUUAUUAUGUUUGAAAUAUAUUUCAACACUAUUUUCAAUUUUUCACCCCUGUUCCAUGUAUUUUAAUUUUUUUUUUUUUUUAUAUAUAUAGCAACAUACGAAUAAAGAACAUUUAUCUAAACAUUUUGAUAUGCAAUAUACACAUAACACUAAUACGUGAUUGACCGUUUAUGAUUUAUAACUAUUAGCUUGAAAUUUAGACUGGAAAAGUAGGGAAUGGUAAUUAACAUAGUAUUAAUUUUUAGAUGAUAAAUAUGUAACCAUUUUUUACGCCUCCGGUUGGAAUUUUAAACUGCCAUAAACGUAUAACUCAUACACGGUUAAUCCGAUUUAAGAAUUAAACUUAUCAACAUUUUUAGAAACAUAUUCUCUAUUUUUGUUUAUUUAAAAAUGGUGGUUUCUAUUUGAAAUUCUCAUUUCAGAUAUAAGGAAUAAAAGCCAAAGUAAACCAAUAAUGUUAAAAUAAAAUAUAAAAAAUUCUAUAAAAAUUGUAUAGAAAAAAAAAAAGUGAAAGUUUCAAUGAUUUUCCAAAAAAUGUAGUUCGCAUUUUGAUUGAUAAGUAAAUCUAUAAUAAUGAAACUUCUUAAACAAUAUACCAAUAAUGAAAGUAUUAUGCAAAUCAUAAGUAUACUUAUUUUGUAGACAAAAUGUUAAAUUUUUAAAUUCUCAAACGUUUUCAUUUUAAUAUUAGAAGUAGUACCCGUAUAACACAUAAUAAACAGUAUCCCAUAUAAGUUUCUGAGAAUUACUAUAAUGAGAAAACUAUUCAAAAUAAUAAUUAUCUAAACAAAAUAAAUAUAAAACAUAAAUAAAUAUGAACACAAAACUUAACUUGGAUUAAAAUCAGCUGUAUUUAUUUACGAACAAUUUAAACACAAUAACCAGAUCAAAUUUGUGUCCAAAAAUCACUUCUUAAGUUGAUGAACGGAGCAAGAUUUUCGGAACCACUUAUCGCUUGAAAAUAAAUAUCAUCCAACCAAAUUUUCCUAUAUUUGAUCACUGUUCUUAUCACUAAACGACCUAACAAACAGGUUCAUUAUUUCAACGACCACAAAAAAAAUUAAAAAUGACAAAAAUUGGUCAAAUUCCAACUCUAAUAAUAACUAUUUAAUUCCAUAUUAAUCAUAUUAAAUUCAAAUCAAUACGAUUCAACUCAAAUUCACCUAGUACAGAGUCUUCCUUUUUAUGAGUAGAAAAAAAAACAUGAUCCAAAUAGGUUCGCUGGUAUGCGAGUUUUCUUGUAAUGGAAAAACUAAAUAAAGUAUUUUGACUUUAGAGCAAAAGAACAUGUCAUGAGACGUGUUAACUUUAUUGUGAAUUAAACAUCCACCAAAUCGAUAAGCUUUAGUCGACCUAUAUUUCGGACUAUAAUCGUCGUGUGUGGUUAUAACAUAGGCACCUGACUAUCACAUCGUUAAAAUGUUUAUUAAACGCUGCACUACUGCAGCACACUACGAUAUUGUUGAAAGGAGUGCUUUCGUACGCAUAAACGUUUCGAUUAUUAUUAUUUAUUGGCCACAUACAAUGGCCAUUGUGAAAAUAAGUGGAUAAAAAUGUACAUAUAGAUAGUUAACGCUUUUCUAUUUACUUUCGAAUCAAUUUACAAAAAAAAAAAAAAAAUAAUAAUAAAAUCUAGAACAAUAUAUUGUACAUAAUAUAUUCUAUUAAAAACAAUAUGCAUAAUAUAUUCAAAUAAUAAUGAUUGUUUUUUACCAGUGUUUCCGAUCGGACCGGUACAAUUUAAUAAUUAUUUCUAUGUCGUUUCAUCCUCUGAUUCAUGCGUUUCACGAUAUUAUUUUGAAAUGAGUAUGUAUAAUAUUUACUCGCGGUACUGACACUUAAUAUAAUAUACCCGUAGAAAAAUAAUAUGUAUAAUGAUACAUAUUAUUUUUCUCUGCAUCAUUUUGUCAAUAAUAUUAACACUUGCGUUCUUGUUGUUGCAGUAAUCCGUACAGCUCAUACUUUGCAUUUAUAUUUAAUUUUUUUUUAAAAUGCAAUUAAUAAAACUUGUGUGAAACAACGAAGACCGUAUCGAUGCGAUGUCGAAACGUUCAAAAACCCGUUUGAUUUCUAUCGGUAGGAGUUACGUUUUUCAAAAUACGUAUGAACCUAAUAAAGAUAUCAGUUUAUUCGCCCGACAGUCUCCAUUGCAAAUGAUUAAUUUGUUUUUUCUACGGUUUUAGGCAGACCACACGAUAAAAAUAUCGACACGAACAGGAAGAGGUAAUAAAAAUGAAAAAAGUUCUCACGCAUUGCAUAAGCGCUAUUUAUGGAGCUAGGGGGCUUUAGCUACUCCUCCCCAAAGAUGGCAAGAAUUGGAUUAUAUUACAUUCAAAUUUUUUUUUUUUUUUAUUUUAACUAUUUAAAAAAAAUUAUUAAUAUCAUUUAUUUGUUGUGAAUGAAUAUAUGGAGUGACAAGCCUUAGUUUAUAUAAACUUUUCAUCCGGAUAGUUCUGAAUGUCACAAAAAUAAUCAUAAUGAAUCAAUAGUAUAUGAUGUAAAAAUCUGGUAAAAUCUAAAAAAAAAAAAAAUUGUUAAAAUUAAGCUGAUGGAGGUGUGCGAUGCGAAAUCCUUUACUUCACAGCGCGCCACGUCCAAGUAAAGAACUUAAAUUGCACCUAAGCUACCGUGCGUAAAUUACAGUAAAUUAAAUUAAAAAGCUACGUUGUAUAAUUGCGAUACAUUCAUUUUUUUCCCGCGUUAAAUUCUCAUUUUAAUAUAUCACGGCCAUAAACUAUCCGGAGUAUUAAACUAUUGUUAUUGAUGUACCCGAACGACUUUGUAGUUAUGAUUUCGCGACGCGAAUAUUAUUCAGAAAACUCCAUCGCCGCGAGAAAUUUCACACCGCGCCUCCCCGAGGCAAUCGGACGCGUCGCGCACUGUUCUGAAGGUUAUAGACUAUAGGUUAAUAGACUAUAUUAACUAUGGGAAUGACGAGUUAAUGGUACUAAUUGUGCGCCUACAACUCGUAAUAUUUGGAUGAACGCGGGCGAAUGGUUUUUUUUUUUUUGAUUACUAUCAUUAUUAUCAAUAUUAUUAUUUCUUCCGAACGUCCCGCCGACAAUAUUAUGCUGCCGGUCAGUAGGUCAGCCACGACAACUGGAGCCGUCAUGCGACGGUCACAUUUCUAUUUCUAUUGUGCGCGGCCGGCCAACAAAGAACGAGGCUAGUGACCCUCCGGACCCGACUCCGCCGCCGGACGCGCGGCCGGUAGAAAGUAACGCUCGGCCCGCCGUAAAAUAUUUAAUAAAUAACAACAAUAAUGAUAAUGUAUGGGCGAAUCGACGACGCGCUGCAGUCUAUAAUCGCCCGUCAAUAAUUUUAUUUAAUGAAACAAGUACGCGCCGGGUAGUCCAAAGGGCAGCGUAGUCCCUCGCACUAUUUACUACCAAUAACGGUAAUAACUCGUUGGUUUUUAAAAAUGGUAACACUUUGGAAAAAAAAAAAAAUGCUGAAAAUGAAAUGAUUGUACGAAAUAAUCACUUAAAAAAAUGUUUAAUAUAAUAUUAUAGGUAUCUGUAUUAUGAUAGUCAUUUUGUUCAUUGCAUACAAUAAUGUUAUUAUUAAAAACAAAAAAAUAUCUUGUAACUAAAGUAUUCUCUUCUCUUUUUGAAACUAAUAGAUCUCAAACAGUGAAGGAGGGCAGAGAAGGGGGCCCAGACUAUAGACUAUACACGAGUUUUUACUUCCACAAUAAUUGAUUAUUUAACGCAUAAUAAAAAAAUUUUGAAGAAAAGAAGCGGAGCGGAGCGAUGUAUUUUUUUUCUGUCUAUGAGCAAAUUUUCUAUCAAAAGUCUUACUCCGUUCAGAAAAUAAGUUAACAAUGGUUUAUCGGUGCUUACAGUUAUAAACCAAAUAACCCUAUAUGUCCUCUCUUCUCAAAUCCCUAUCUAUAACAGCGGCUGCACCCAUCCCCAGUAUCACCUUUUUUUUAUUUUGCUUAGUAAUAAUUUUUUUUAGGAAGCCCUCCAAAAUUCAACUCUGGAUCCACUACUGGCCUGAGGCUAAAAAAUUAUUGAAUAAAUAUUUUUACCGACCGAGCAUUUUAGCCAAAUAAAAAUAAUAAUAAUUUCAAUAAACGUUAAACGUUAAAAUAAUAUAACGAAUUCGCUUUGAAAAAAUGGGAUCUUCGAAACCAUCAAUGUUUCAAGACCCGGGCUUCUAGACUUAGUGUAUAAUCCAGACUUGGUACAUAAUAAUAACGCAUAUAAAUCAAUAACAAAUAAUAGAGAAUUUUUUAAAAUAUAUAUUUUUUUAAACAAUACCUAGUAGUGGCGUAGUACUGUUGCACUAACUCCCAUUGCAUUAGUGUAGUGUUUUAUGAAAUUUCGGCGAUAUACGAAUAUCAAUAUCUUGAGACAUAAUACAAUUUAAAAUUUAAAAUUCAAUAUUUUUCAUAAAUACCUACUCAAUUGUUUUUUGAAUAUCUUGCCAACGCUAUUACCGUAGUGGAUGUGGCACACAAUUUCUUACCUAAGUUUUAUGUACUGACCUAUGCAACUUGAAAACGGUCAAAAUUUACUUGUAUCCCAUUUGCACGUACACGAUGAUUUACAAGUAUCGAUGUUCAAAAUUAAUCGAUUUGUAUAGUAAAAUGUGUAUCCUACGAUCAAAAUAGUUUAACUCGAUAAGUACCUAAAUUUAUCUUGAGAAUUUCUCAAACGUCAUUUUGUAUUCACAACGACAAUGUGCUGUACAUUUUUUGUUUUAAUUUUCUUUAUCUUUUUCACGGCAAUGGAAAAAGAAUAAGAAAAUGAAAAAUAUAUUCUACUCCACACCGACAUAAAAUUUUUACUAUCGAUUUUCUUUACGUGGAUUUUCCAUACGUAAUCAAUGUAGUCUAAAACGAAAAAACUAUGAUGUAAUUCAUACGAAAUAAUAUAUACAAAUCCGUGAUAAAAAAAAUAUUAAAUUUAUAGUGUUCCACGAUAUCGAUUCUGUUUAAUAUUAUAAAAUGAAUUACUCCCUUCCGUUUUGAAUUUAAUUAAAUUCUACAUGAUAUUAGGAGUUAAAAGGGUACACGUGUAUUUUUUUGUUUCCGUCUUACAAACGUACGACAUAGCAAAUUCAAAUUCAACAGAGACAACGUUGGGCUGUGAGUUAAUAUUUGAAUGGAUUGGCCUAUUAUCAAAUUUAAAAGUAUAUGAACACAUUAUCUCAAUUUUUUUCUUAUUUUAAUUGUUAAGCAAUAUAUAAGAAUUUUCAAAUUGUGACAUUAAAUACAUUCAUAUCUCGCUUGAAAAUUAAAAGAACAGCAAAACACACAGAUUAAUUCUUGCCUCUAAGUUUGUUAAUACGAUGCACCCUAAUAUUAAAACUAACAGCGUAAAGUUAUCCCUAUUAAACUUAAAUUGCAUGUGUUGUACGUUUAAAAUACCAAGACGAAAGAAUACAUGUUUCCCUUUAACAAACACAUGUAUAAAAAAUUACCUGAGAAUAUAAAUCUAAGAGUUUUAAUAAAACCACCAGGACAAAAAAAAACUAAGUAAACAUCGGUAUCGCAUUCGUAAAAUAAAAUGUAUUGAAUUCCAAUACGUUAUACAAUAAAAUGAUCUAUUGUAAUAAUAAUGUGUUACAUGCUGCAGCGCAUUCACUUUUCACAUUAUUAUUAUAAUAUUUGUGAAAUGUGAUAAAUGCGCACGAUGUUUUUCAAUUUGCAAUUCGUUCUCGUUAAUGUACUACUUAUAGAAUUUAAACAAAAAAAAAUCUAAUUUAAUAAUUUUAAUAUUUACAUCUAAAUUAAAAAAAAAAAAGUAGGUGAACUGAAUCGAGUGCACUAAACCGGAAAGGAAAAUAAUAUAACGAAGAUCAUUGUACAUAAUUUAUAUGCAUCGAGUCGACCGCCGUAACGUAUUAAUAUAUUAUUUAGGCACGAAUAUAAGGACUUUUAUAGGUUUAAAUAGACUGUACAUUUACUUUUAAAAAGUGGAUACUGCUCACGGGUAGUUCAAUGUUGUAUCUGGGUAAUUGGGAACGUAGAAUAAACAGGGUAAUUCAGUUAUAAUACUUUAUGCACGUUAGAUCAUAACAAAAACGAAAAAAUGAAAAUAUUUAAAGAACUACACUCGCUGAAAUAGAAUAAAUGAGAAAAACAGUAACCCGAACAAAAAAAGUCGUAAUUUUUUUUUAUUAAAAAUUAUUAGACUACAAAAAUAUAAGGCACAAAAAUAGUAUAGACAUUUUAGAUUCUAAAUAGAGCGAAGAAGCUUAUGGUUUUACAAUUUUUUUUUUUCCUGUGGUCAACUUUUCUACCAAAAAACUUGCUCCUAUUUUUACGUGUAGCAACUUUUCUAAAAGAAAAUCGGUGUAGGAAGGUACCCUAAAGAGGUCAUUUUUCGAUUGUUCAAUAGUUAUAUCAUCAAAUGUGAAAAACCGAAAAAAAAACUUACGAAAUGUACAUGAAAAAAAAUGUACAUGUACGAAACAUAACAAAUAUAAUAUUACGAUUUUUUUUUCUGUGAAUAACGUUUCUACCAGCAAUUUCGCUCCAAAUUUUAAUGAUAGCAAUUUUUCUAGAAAGAAAUUUCACUAAGGAGGUACUUUAAAAAGAUCGUUUUUCGAUUUUCCCAGGAGUUUUCUCAAUAAAUGUGAAAAACUGGAAAAAAAACCCUGGGAAAACCAGAAAAAACGUAGAAAAACCAGGGAAAUCGGUACAACAUUAAACAAACAUUAUUAAAGAAAUUAUAUAGCCUACUUAAUUAUUUUACUAUAAUAUGGCAUAUAUAUUGUUGACAAAGCAACACUAUCAAUUGAACUCCGCUCAGAAUCGUUUUUUCGUUAACAAUGGUUUAUCUUUACUUACAGACAUACAGUAAAUUCCCGUAUAAAUCUUACCUUCCCAACUUCUUACCUACACCAUUGGCUGCAUCCAUUCCCAUUAUCUUACUUUUCUUUUUUGAAAAUAGACUUAUUCAUAAAUAGAUUUUACCUACAGGCGACUACUAUAAUUUUGAAAUUGUAUUAUAGUAUAGAAUUCGUCGUUUCUUUUAACCCUGUAGCCAAGGCAACCCGGAAAUUAACAAACAUUAUUUAUUUAUUUUUUAUUCAUAUUUAAAGGUAGAUACGGUUAAAUGUGUGAAUAAUUUGCAGAGGCUUUCUUACUAAAUCCAAAGUAAGGAAAAACCACAAAAAAAUCCUUUGGGAUUGGACUGUUGAAAAUGUUUAUAAAUAUUUCAAAUAAAAUAUCAUCGGGUUUUUACUAAACAGUUGGCUAAUCAAAAACAUAAAGUUAAUUUUAAAAAAAGUAUUAGGAAUUUCGAAACAUUUUUCAAAUAAAGCACCAUAUAAGGGAGGAAAAUCCACAUGUUUUAAAGUAUGACGUAAAAAGAAUCCUAGCAGUUUUACUGCAUGCCCGAAAAGAUUUUUUCCGAAAAAAAAAAACAUGUUAGUUAAAUAUGACGUUCGCUACACUCAGACUUUGUUAUGAAAAAAAAAAUUGUAUAAAAACAUAAUACGAACAAAUAGAAAAAAAUUGUAUAACUAACUAUAAUAAUAUAGUACCUAUUAUAAUUAUCUUUGUAUAUUUAAAUUUCAAAACAAAAUAAUCAACCUCCACAAAACGUAUUGUAUAAUUACAAUAAUAUGUAUUUACAUUAACGAAAUAAUCAUAAAUAAUCAUAAAUGUAUAGUUACGUUCCGUAAUUUCAUAAAACGAUACUGGGAUUCGGACCAGCAAGCUGUACGAAAAUUAUUUAUUCCCAUUUAAAUAACGACCGCGAUUUUUUUUUUUUUUUUGUUCUACAGUACCCAAAUAUGUACUUAUUUAUCAUUGACACCGAUAAUUUAAGAUUGAAAAAAAAAAUAUAUACUAAAAACAAUAAUAAAUUGGUUAUAAAUGAUACCUGCUUAAUAAUACAUCUUAAUAAUACGUUUCAUGUUAUACUGCGGUUUCAAAUUUCGUAUCCUAUACAAGUAUGUUGCCAUCCACAUAAAUUUCGGUCCCCGCCAAAAAUCAAGUCCUUUACACUGCUUGUAUAAAAAUCACACGUACGAAUGUAUACAAUAAUAAUAAAUUUUAAUAAUAUUACCGUUAGUAUAAAAUAUUAAAGUGAGGUCGAUCAUUUGCAUUUCGUACCGAACAAAUAUAAUAUCGGGUCCCACAAAAUAUAUCAUAACAUAUAUACCAACAAUAUCAAUCUCAACGACUAGGAUUUCUUCUCUAAUUACCGUGGCAUUCGGAUUUUCUAAGCACCUAAUACGUAAUAUAAUAAUUAGAUCGAAUGUGUUUAGAAAAAUUUUGAACGGGAGUUUAAAAAUGUUACGUUGCUAUUUGGAAAUCAAAAGUUAAUACGUAUGUACUUGUUUAAUGUUUAUGAUGGUACACGGGUAAAAUUGUAAAAAUAUUAAAAAUAUACAUUUGUUAAACAACAAUAAUGUCAGAAAAAAUUAACCGAAAUCAAAUCUAAUUAAAAAAAGGCUGGUUCAUGACAAAAGAAUCCAGUGACGUACCCAUAAUUUGUCAAUAAGGGCAGCUAAACAUAAAAAAUGCAAAUUACUUUUAUAUACAAGUACAAUUUUACAGCAAAGAUUAUUAUUUGAUCAGUAAUAUUAUAAUUUUUCAAUGCUGAAUAGUUUAUACUGUUUGAGAUUUAACACGGCCAAUGGGUGAAAUCUGAAAUCCCUUAACCUGUCCUUCCCUGGGUACGCCACUAAAAUAAUCACAUUGUAUUAUUUGGAAAUUGAACAUGUACAAAAAAUCCGAAAGUCAAGGUGAAGGUUUGGUAUAUUUGCUCGUGGAGAUUUUUUUAAGGGAAGAGGAGUGAACACGCAGUAAAUAUUCAUUAAGAUAUGUCCUGAAGAAUUGUAUACUAGCUUAUUGAUGCACGACUAUAAUAGAACACGGGCAGCAAUGCGGGUAUACCGGUUGAAGAUUUAUUUUAAUAAAAUAAUAAUUGACGUGACGGGGCGUAUUCGUCCGGCCACGACAGCGUACGAUGAAAAAAAAAAAUUGAAAAAAAAUCCGUUGAAUACGCUGCCGGGAACGAUAAACGUGUUGCAUACGAACGGAUGAAAAAUAAAAUCCAACACAUUAACCUUAAACUUGACCGACCCCGUCGCGUGUGUGUGAUGUGUACAGCGAGUGGACUCCUGCAGUAGAAUUUUUUCGAUCGUGUCCCUAAGACUAGUUUUUUUUUUUUAAGUUUACUCGUUAUUGCUACUGCAGGUGCAAUGCUUGAAACGUGCAUAUUAUAUUUUCAUCGUCAAUAUAUCAUUGGUCCCAGGGAAGAAGAGCUAAAGUCAAUUGUUAGCAUUUUUUAUUUUGUCUUACGAAAUUUUCUUCUCUUUAUUUUUUAGUCUGAAUGGCAUGCAUUAAGUGUUUGCACAUCCUAACCCAUACAAAUCGAAAUAUUUUAAGUGUUUAUUAUGUAGGUAUACGUUUUGUUUGGCAAAAAAGGCAUGUCAUAUUUAAUGUACAGCAAUAUUUAGCCAUAAACGUAUAUAUUACGACAAUAUAAUAGAUAUUUUAAACCACAUACAAAAUAUAUAACGUAAGACGAGUUACCCUAUUGAUGAGACAUUUCCAGUGGUGAUCCAUCAUUUUCAAGUACUUUCUUCCUUUUCGAAUCUUCUUGGGGUUAUCGACCACUAUAAGAGUACCAGGACCAUUCCGUCACAUACACCUAAUUAUCCACUUCUCCGUGUCAACUGCUCUUAAUUUAAAAGUCUCGCCGUCCAUUUAGAAAUUCCGCGUCUCGUUAACCACCACAUCUUCCCACCUGAAAUGGAGGGGAAUGUCUAAGAUGUAUAUUUAUCGUCACUUAUUCAGCAACAGCACAUAUAUAUCUUAAAAUUAUCCGUGAAAUAGUCACAUUGUAAAGAAAAAAUACAUUAUUAGUGCGAAAUAUACUUAUUAAACAUUACCAAUAUUUAAUGAGAUUAAAUCAUUUAAACAAUGUUUCUCGAUCAUUUUGUAAAACUAUAAAAACUGAGACUACAAAAACUCUUUCCUUCCGGAAUUUCUUCCAUUACCAUGCGUAUAAGUGAAAUUCAACCUCGCCGAGCGUAUCCAGUCCACUGUAAUUUUCCACUUUUAUUGUUUGUAUCUAAUAUUCUCAGUUUUUAAAAGUCUUUCAGUCUUGAGUUCAAUUUUUUCUGUACCUUACGAAUAAUUUAAUGUAUAUACAACAUUUCAAUGUGAGAUUUUUUUCCCGUCUUCAUGUGAUUAGCACACUCGAAUGAAAUUGAUUUAUAACAAUCAUUUAAUUGUACUAUAUGAUUACAAAAUUAUUAACAAAUUGUUUCAGGCGUGAUGGCAGCCAGGGAUUCGGCGUGCCCGAGGAUAUGUCCACAGGGAAGUUCCGAAGAACCGGUGUGUGGUUCGGACGGUAUCAUAUACCCAAACGAGUGCGAGCUGAAAAAGAAGACUUGCGGCAAAGGUGAAAAACGAUUGUGAUGAUUGUGAUUUGUCGCGAUUGACAGCGGUGGGUAGUUUUCGCGAAAGACCCCAUCCACGUGACUUCGUGUAUAAAUGUGGUGACAGAGACUUGGACACCAUAUUAACAGGGUUGUGUUUUAUCUAGAUGCAUUGUUUAGAUAAUAUGUAUAUUUUAAUCUUUUAUCUAAUCUAGAUAAAUGAGAAAUAAGUAAUCUGAGCCGUUAUACAAAAUAAAUAAUUGAAUUAUCUAGAUAAAAUGGAUUUAUCUAUGUUAUGCAUAUUUUAUAAUUUUAUUUUAUUUCAUUAACUAUAUUAUAACUUAUUAGAUUGUUGUAACAUUGAUUUGAUUUGUCUUUAAGCCAUACAAAUAAACAAUUAAAUAAUCUAGAUAAAUCUUUUUAAAUUAUAAUUUAUAUGUUAUUUAUAUGUAUAUCACAUAACUUUUAUGAAUAAUCUAGAUGGGUGGUUACCAAAUAUACAAAAAGUUCUUUAUCUAAAUAAUUAAAUUGUUACAUAUAUUUUAUCUUCAACUAGAUAAUUAUUUCUAAUCUUUAUCUAAAUAAUAAAAAAAAUUAUCUUUAUACAACACUGCGUGUUAGUGCCUAGAGGGGACGAAAUUCGGUUAAAUUUCCAGACGGUGGCAUGAAAACUCUUUGUAAAAUUUUGGAUAAGUUUACAUGGGGAGACGGUCUCAAUAUUCUAUUUUUAAUAACUCUGGUUAAAUAUGAUAUUCUCGGCACCCGGGGAGAUCUCUAUACGAAAACUCCUCGCCGUAUUUGUCGACAAAAAUAACCGUUACACUAGGCGAAUUUCACUUGUACUGCAACAGCACGUAUCUCAAAAUUUGAUAAAAUGAGACGAUUAACACGGUCGGUAUUAACGAAACGGGAGUUUUCGGAAAUUGACUCUCGUGACGGUCGACACUGUGGAUCGCAAAAAGAGUUUACGCCGAAAUUACGUAUCGACAUAACGAAUAUCAGCGGCGGUUGCACGCGAAAACAGACGCAAAAAAAAAAAAACCCAUAUUGUUAUUGGCGCAAACGAAUCUUAGUCAAAUCGUCGCCCGCAGUAUCAUCGUUUAACUUCGACCGUUCGAACGACAUGUUCUCGCGAUCAUUCUGUAAAACGACAAAAACCGAGAUGCGCGCUGUUGCAGUAGGGCGUUAAUAACCGGCGUCAUUAUUGUGUUUAAACACGUUCUGUAUACGCGCGCGCGCAGGUAUAACCGGAGCGGACAGCCCCACGCUGUGUCUUCGGGCGUACGGAUCCAAUUGCGAACACCGUUGCGCCAAAGAACAGGACCCGGUGUGCGGCACCGACGGCCGGACGUACCUCAACAGGUGCAUGAUGCAAGUGGAAAUAUGUAGGUCAGUAUAAUUAUUAUUAUUGCGAUUUACGGACCGCGGCGACAGUAACCGACAGUAAUAAUAAUCGUCUAUUUAUUGACGCUACGCACUACGCGGUCUCACGAAUAUUCCGUACAAAUUUGUAAGAAAAAAUAAAAAAAUACUUUUAUCUUCCCUCAUAACGUGUUUGUACAAUGAUCGGGGGGCACGUAAACAGGAUUCACUCAGAAAUAUUUUCAACACAAAUUGUUCAAAACGUCUACUUUGGGGAUGGGCAGUACCAGAGGAGGACGUUUCUUAAUUAUGAUCGUGAUUAAACGGAUCAUGGUUCGUCUUUAAACAUUUUAGAUUCUGAGCGCAGCGAGAUAUGUAUUCCUCCUUAUACGGACCUUAACGAAAAUAAUGCUUUUAUUAUUUUCAAUUUUGUUUUUUUUGUUGUAGUUCAAUUAAAAAUAUUCGUAAAAACUUGAGAUUUAAACAGAAAACUUAUAUUUGCGUUUUCUAUACGUAGUAACAGUUUUGAGCUGUUUAUAUGCAUUUUAAUUUUGCGAAUUUUUAACGUAAUUUUUAGUCGGUAGGUAUUCAAUGGAUAAAAUUGUUAGGCUAAACACAAAUACUUGAAACUAUAACAGAAGAUUCAUUAUAAGUCGUACUCAGUGUAAAAAAUUGACUAUAAUGUAGAAUUUUUUUUUCAUAAGAAUUUUAAUACUAAAUUUUGACGAAAAUCGUCAACAUGAGGGCCAUUCAAAACAUGUAUAAUCGAACUGCGCUCAGAAUCGUUUCAAGUUAACAGUAAUUAAUCGUUAGGUACAGGUAUACAUGAAAUUCCCAUCUAUAUACGUACCACGACUUCUCACCUUUAAUAGUGGCACAGCUGUCGUGCGAAGUAUAUUAGUCUUUCUUUUUUUGUUUUUAUUUUUAUUUUAUACAAUCCAAUCUAACCUUGCGCAGGGUCGGCACGUCAAUGUCACACUUGGGACCAUGCAACAAUAUAUCCGCUCACCGGGAAAACUGUCCUGUGAACUGCGACCAGGCGCCCAUGGACGGGCCGGUUUGCGGGUCCGACGGAAACGUUUACAGGAACACGUGCCAGAUGAAACUUUUCACUUGCGGGUAAGUUUCGAUGACGUCACGCGCGAACCGAGCGUUUUAUAGGUUUUCGUACUGCAACGAACAAUAUGGUCUCGAGGAACAGAUAUUCCGCGUCCGGUAUAUUUUCUUAGAAACUACGGGAAACGUGAGAGUUUUUGUUUCUCUAUAUAUAAUUUGGGUGGUGUUUUAUUGAAAAUUGAAUUCCGUGCAAAAUUUGUCAACCUCGAAAAUUCCCCAUUCGAUUGUGUCACGCGCAUUAAACCUUCACGAUUUCCAGAGCUCGGCGUCACACAGUCGUCACGCCGCAGUGUCUGGAAAUCGCGAAAAUCGUGACACACAAUAUCAAUAACGUGGAGGUUUUCGAGGUCAAAAAAUCUCGCGGCGAAACGUUUCUAGGAAAAUAUUAUUGCCGCGGGAAAAUACCUUUCGAAAAACGCGCUGUUAAAACCGACUGAUUUUUUUUUUUUUUCCCAUACGUUUUUGGCGCGCAGACAGGGCGUGGUAAGGACGUCCAAGAAACAUUGUCAGACGACCAGGCACUGCCGGGAGUCGUGUUGGCGCGUGUCCAAGCCCACUUGCGGAUCGGACGGCAACAUCUACAGCAACGCGUGCCGGAUGAAGUCCAAGAAUUGCGGCAAGCACGUGUUCGAGGUGCCGAUGGCGUUCUGCCUGAGCCAGGAACGCAACCGGGUGGGCUCGGCCAACGCGUGUCCGGUGAACUGCGACAAGGAAAAGGACAGGCUGACGUGCGGCUCGGACGGCAACGUGUAUCGCAGCGAGUGCGAAAUGAAAAUGCUCAACUGCGGGUAUGCCGAGUUAGAGUAUAAUAUACCUAUUUAGUUGACAAUAUUUGUAAUAUAAUAUAUUGACGUUAGCCGAAUAAUUACCCGGCGCUGCCCGUGGAAAAAAUUGCGAGUGCAACUCUUUUAGCGUGUUAACGCAAUACGAAAGCAAAACAUUUUUUAAGUGUAAGUCACCCGCAAUAACGGUCACGCAUUUUUAAUUAUUUGCUUCUCAUACGAAAUAGUUAAAAAAAAAAUAUAGAUAAUAUUAUAUUUAUCGAGCCUCAACAAGUUUUAGUGAUUGUUUUCAAAUUAUCUAGAUUUUUUUUUUUUUAUAAAACCCCUUCAUUUUUUGACCGCCAAAAUUCAGCCCCAUAGGUCAGAUAGUUUUCGAGAUUUCGUGUUUAGUCAGUGAGUAAAUUUCGAUUUUGUACAGACAGAUUACCACGGUUAUUAUGCUUAAAAUUAGGACAGAUACUUAAAUUGUGCUUUUGCAUAUUUUUAUUGAUCAAAAGAAUAGCUAAUUUAUAACAAAAUACAUUUCAUAAUCUACAACGAUUACGAGGUGUGUAAAUAAAGUAAUGGGACUAAUAGCGUAGAAUACUAUCUGAAAACACUAAUAGGUUUUCGUUUGAAAAGGUUUUUAGAUAAACAUAUAAUGUGCCUUCAGUACGAGUUAGAACUUCCUAGACUCACGUGUUGGUUCGUAGUGAUAACGUCUGAAAAUGAGUGACAACAAUGUUUUCAUCAUUUUUUGCAGUUGAAGGCCUUUCACUACGAGGUUCGUCUUUAAUCGACUCUCUGCCUUCUGAAUAUGCCUUAAAGUAUAUAGAGAGAAUUUAGAUGCUGCACGGGGAAAUUAAAAUGAUAAUGAAAUAACGAGAAUUUUGUUGUUAAUACAAUUAAGCCAUUUUACAAUUAGUAAAAUUGGAAACAAUAAAUUAAUUUUAGUUAUAUAAUGAAUAAUAUGUAAUAAUUAUUUUGUACAAUCUAUUUGUACGGCUCGCUAAAAAAAAAAAGUAGUCUACUCCAAUUGUCUAAUCUAAUUUAAUAGGAUUUUUGAAAAUUUACAAGGGGCGUAGAAUAAAAAAAGUUGGGAACCACUGCCUUAAACCAUCUAAAAACUUGGGCCCUUGAAAGUAUACAUUAUCUGAACAUUUUUCUUCACACUGUGCCUAAGUCUGAAACAAAAUCGAAUAACAUACCGUUGCUCGAAAUUGUUGUCACAUAUUAAUCACUACAGACUACGCGAUUCUAUGAAAUUCAAACCCGUACUGAUGACACAUUAGAUGUUUAUCCAUAAUUUUUUUUAAAUGGAAAGCCAUUAGGGUUGCCCGAUAGCAUGCAACGCUAUCGCAUUAUACUUUAUUUACACACCUCGUUUAUUAUAUUAUUGACAGUUGUAUUUGGCAUAUUUAGAGCAUAUUUUGGGAUUUUAUAGGUAAGAACAUUUUUAAAGCAUAUUUUAAAAAUUCCGUGCAAUUUUAGAGCAUAUUAAAGAAUUUCUUACAUGUUGUAUAGCUUACGUGUUAGUUUCCAAUAAAUACCGAAUUAGUUUCAUCGUUUAAAAAAAAAAAAUGUUCAAAUCAGCUUUUCUGGCAUUAGGUAUAAAUGUUACUGGUCAGUGUGACGUGUUCCAAUAUAAACUAUAAUGUUAUACUCCAGUCUAAUACAUUUUAUCUAAUGCUAAUAAUACUAGUAACAGCUUGCUGUUAAAAAGGAAAAGGAAAAAGAGGUAUACUAUAAAAACACGUUAGUUCUGUUUUUAUCGUGUUUUUAAUUCAUUACAGAAAAAAUUUAAUUUCAAUUUCUUUAAAAUAUAACGCUGUUGAUAUAUACGAACGAUACAAGUAGACUGCAGUAAUUACCGACUUAGGUAUUAUUACAAUAAAAUACCAAAAAAAUGAAUAGAGAAUAAAUAUAUAUUAUGUCGUGAAUAAAAUAAGAAUUAUAUAUUAAUGUAUAACAUGUUAUUAAUCCCAAACAUUUUUGUUAAAUGAACGAAAGUUAACGUUAAAUGGCUAUAAUGUAUGAUUUAAUGAAUGUUUAAAGGUAAUUUUAGUAGUAAUUUUUAGAGAAAACUGUCGGAGUAAUCAUAUUUUCAUUUUUUUUCUCCCCCAGACAACAGACCAAGAAAAAAGUGUCCAAAGUGGAUUUAGAAAAGUGCAGAGCCAAGAUCAACAAAUGUAACAGAGGACAGUGUCCGGACGAAGCGGAUCCGAUUUGUGGAAACGACGCGCAAACAUACAAGAACCAAUGCCACCUGGACCAGGCCACUUGUCUGUGCGUAAAUUAUAGUAGUAUACAUAGCCACGUCAAAUAAUAUAUUUAUAAGUUUGCUUUUUAUUAAUUCUGAGAGCAGUUGAAAGUGCUGUUUUUAAAAAUAUUCUAUUAUUUUACAACUUUUCUGCAAAUAAUCUUGCUCCAAUUAAAAAAUGAUUAGAAAGCUUUUUUUUACCUAGUAUUUCGGAACUAGUUGGUGGAGAUCACUUUUUUUUUUUAAAUUUUCCUAGUGGUUUUUUUAAUAAUUGUGAAAACCCGUUUAGGAAAUACGCACGAAUUUACGGCAAUAAACAGUUUUAUUAUUUUCGAUUUCGCAUUCUUUUGUUGUAAUUUGGUUGAAAAUAAUUGUAGAUAGGUAGGUACGUGCAUUGUUUACAGAAUAUUUAUAUCGGCUUUUUCUAAUACCUAUAGUUAUAAACUACCUAUAUAUUUCAUUUAAUUUUUUGUGGAUAAAAUUUGUUUGGCCGAACACAAAUGCUUGAUAAUUUUACACGAGGUUCGUCGUCAUUUUUGCAUAGUGGUCAUUUAACGUAACGCAGUUUUUCGUAAGAGUUUUAAGUUCAAAUUUUCACGAAAAACGUAUACACCGCGGCAUUUUAAUUCAUUUUUAACCGAAAUUCGCUCAGAAUCGUUUUUCGCGUUUUCUAUUGUAGUUGCGUACGAAUAUAAUUAUUCAAAUAUGUCCACGUAUCCUACCUUCCCAAAUUCCCAUCUACACGUCCAUCAGCAGUAUUCGCAGCUCUUUUUAUUUUUACUGGAUUUUCAUUACCUAAUAAAUAAUAAUGAUAUAGACGCGCAUAACGGAUUUUCGAUGGCGUGACCAACAAACGAAUUGAAAACAGGAAAAUAAAAGAAAUUUCCGCUCCGGAUUCCAGUCCCGCCGGCUCCUUCGCUCUUGCGGGUUAUUUAGUCCGAAUAAUAUUCUGACGUAGAAAAAAAAAUUGCCAAUUAUCGGCAUAUUAUAUUAUUAUAAUAAUACACCUCCGUAAACGUUUAACGACACGGAAUGCGAGAAACCGACUUCAGUACAACACGCCAAUAGGUUCCGUUGCCACUGUAGGUACCUACUAUUACACCACAAUCGCUGUGCUAAAAUUACACGCCACUGAAUACUAUUCGCGAAUCCGUCAUUAAAACCUCGCGAGGGGGGGGGGGCGUGACCGCUAUAAUGUAUACAACGCUGCAGGGUUACAAAACGGACGGGUUUUUAUUUCGUUUAAUAUACUCGACCGUACGUUUUCUCCAUUUAAAAUCAGAGAACACGUAAUAAUAUCAACUCAAGACUAGAAUAGUUAAUAAUUUGAUAAAAGUUCGCCGAUUUUGCGUACAGCGAGGUAAAAACAUGACGAAAAAUAAUUCCAUAAAAAUAAUAACCUAUAGCAUAAAUACUUACAUUUAUGUCGUACUGUACCCAGAGCUCGAUUUGGUACCGGGGGACGGAGAUCAUCAACUCAUUUUUCGGACAAUUUAACUUAUUUCUCCUAUUUGUUAUUUGAUAGAUAAGGCAUUUUUGCAUUUAUACUAAAAUACAAAUUUUCAUUAAAAUUUUGACUUUAAACGUUAAUCAGAAAAAAAACUAAACACAUUUCGCUCAACUUUUUUUCUUUUGUUUUACCACUAAUUGCAACACAUAAUAAACCAAAUUUCCGAACAUUUUCACUGGUCCGAAAUAGUUUUAUCCACAUAAAACCAAAUAAACACUAAUAAAAACUAGAAAAUGUAAAAUGGCUAUGAAUAGCUCAAAAAUUGUCGAAUAUUUUGAAACUUUGGAAAAGGCGAAUAUAAAAACCUCAUCGGUAAAACUUCAGAUCUAUGUAACAUUAUUUUUCAGAGUUAAAAAAAAAUCGAACAUAUAAAACACCGUUAUAUGGUGUAAAUAUCCCAGUUGUCCUAUCUUUUUUUAUUGGUUUUUCUUUUUCUCCGUUAUUAAGAAAUUUACAAGGAAAAUCAAAUAAGAGCAAUUUCUUAUAUAUAAAUUUAGUUUACAGACAAAUAAAUUUGGUUUCAAAGAAGUUUGGGAGGUUAGGUAAGAUUAGGUUGAGUUAAAUAAUUAAGAUUUAAUUUUUUUUUUUUUUGAUCUUCUGUCCCUUUUUAUUUUUGUUUUAAAAACGCUUGCUAAUGAAAAACUUCUCGGUGUUUUCAUGCCAUACCUACAUAGAGAUAAGAAGUUUUUAUCAAUGGUACUUUAUUUUUUUUUUAAAUGUACACUUCUAUUAAUAUAGAUUUAUUAAUUGUUUAACAUAAAAAAGGCACUGGGGGGAAGUAUUUUCACCAUCCACUUCCUAUAACUACGAGGUACUGGACUUAAACUAGUCCUACGGAUUAAAUUAGACAAAACAGUUUUCAAAACAAAAUACACAUUAAAAUAACUUCUAGAAUAAUUAGUACCGGGAAGAGGGAGGAAGAAGAACGCAGGAGAGUUUUUGCCCAUUCGCUUUUCGGAAAUACAUUUCAAGUUCAAAGUUAUUUUAUACAGAAAUGUCACGUUUGCUGUAAACUUACCAUCAUCCGAUAGAAAAUACAUUUUUGGGAGCAUCUGAGUCUGAAAUUAUUUGGAUUUUUUAAAUUCUUGUAUCAGAAAUAAUCUUUCGUUAUACCUAUAACCCCGUUCCCGAAGAUUUCGUCACUUGUCUGUUAAAAUGAUAAUAAACAUAAUACGAUAUCAUAACGUUACUUAUCGUUUCAGGAAAGGAAUCCAAAUGGCGCAUUUGGGCAAAUGUUCAUCGCUUUUAUCUGUAGAAAAGUGUCCGCAGAGCUGUGAAAACGAACCAGAGGAACCAGUGUGCGCUUCCGACGGAAACGUGUACAGGUUAGUGUCAACAAGUUAAUAAUAAGCACGUCAAGUCUUAAUUUAGAAAGGGACGAAAGGCGGAAAGAAAAAGAAAGAGAAGACAUCAGCGAUAUGGAUUUAUAGCAGCAAAUUAUCAUCGGCGGAAAUGAUGUAUUUCGUAUAUCAUUAGGGAUGUAUAAAUUUUCGGAGACUGACAUAGAGGAUGAGUAAAAUAACAUUAGAAAAAAACAUUACGUUUAUUAUUUUUGAAAAUCGUAAAUCCAUACAACAUAGAGGUACCUGCCUAGUUUACAAACGAUACGCGGUAAAUUUUUAUAAUCUUUGGAUUAUAGAAUUUUUUUAUCACAGUAAUUGAUUGUUUCUCGAUACCAUAGCCACCCGCGUCAGCUCGUGAUAAACGAUCGUGAAACGAAGGCACUCUAUUCAUUUUGUACGUUAUCGGCACUUUUACUGUAUCAAAAAAAAAAAAAAAACCAAAAAUAUUAAUUCUGGCCAAAAAUGAAACCCCGAUCAACAACAGAACCCAGUCACUAGAGUCAAAUUUUUCCUACUUAUUGUCAUUAUAAUAUUUCAUAUAUAUUUUUUUUCAAUUGAUCUAAAAAAUUAUGGUUGCCAGAGCUGUUCACGGAUAUUAAUAAUAUUAUAUUACAUAGGUCUAUAUACUUAAUUUAAUUAAAUGUGUAUUCAUUGGAUGUAAAUUAUUAACAAGGUCUACUUCAUCUGCCCUGUUUCAUGGUCUCCCCUCCCUUUUUUUCAGGAAUAAAAAUUAUCCUGUAACCUCUUAAUAAUGACGAGAAAUCGAAUAAAAAACGUAUUAUCAAAAUAGGUAUAUAAAUCAUGGUAAUUCUUAAAAAUGUUGAUACCUACUUACAAACAGACAGUGAAGUCGAGGUUGAAAAUUAAAACUCCUAACAAGCACAUCCUUAAUACUUACACUGAGUAUUAUUAUGUAGUAUCUUAUACGUACUUUACGACUUAAACACUGUGUAUAGGUCCGAGUGCGAUCUGAAGAUGAAUACUUGUGGGCAAAAAGUCGUCGUCGUCCCACCGCAUCAUUGUCCGACCACGGCACUAUGCAAUCAGCAAUGCGAUAAGACCAAAGAGUUUGUGUGCGGAUCUGACAACAAGCUGUACAGGAACGAGUGCGAAAUGAAACGUGAAAACUGCGGGUGAGCACAAAUUAUAAUAUAAUAUCCAAUUGCCAGCGGCUACAUACAAGCUUUUCUUUUUUCAAAUAUUUCUCUUGUAUAAUAUUAGAACACGUUUUCUUCGAUUUAAAAAGUAUAGCAAACAUACUAAUUUAACAAUCACGUAUAAGAUGCUGCAUGUAACUGCGUCGGUCACUGUGGUAUAUACCCAGGGCUCGAAUUGGGAAAAUUAAAGUAGAGGGAGCUCUGCUAAGCCAUAAAAAAUAGCAUCAUUUAGGAUUUUGGGGAGCCGAUAAGUCAGAAAAAAAAAGAUCAUCAGCAAAGUUCUUAUAAUAUAAUAUACAAAAAAUCUAAUUCGAGCACUGUAUAUUAUAUCGAAUACCGAACGCACAGUUACUGGUCAUACACUGGCACUACACUGUCGGUAUUUACUCGCUAUAUUAUAAACGUACUUGGUUCGCAGGAAACACGUGUAUGUAGUGCCCGUAAAAAGGUGUCUAACAGGGUUUCAGUUCAAAGGUUGCCAGCGUGUGUGCCCGCCACUUUACGACCCGAUUUGCGGUACUGACCAGAAGACGUACAGCAACGACUGUUUCUUGGAAAUGGAAAAUUGCCGGUCCCGAUCACUGGUUGGCAAACAGUACCACGGCGUUUGCGGACAGCCCACCGAAGAGCCCAAAAACUAUCUGUACUGACCCUGUAAAUCAUUAAAACAAAAACAUACACACGUAAACGUAUAAAUAAUAUAUUAGGUAUAAUAUUAUUAUAUUAUUAUUUAUAUUUUUUUUCUCUCACCCAAUUAAUGGUCACGUGUCGUAUCUACCGGUAACGUUACUCGUCCAACAAACGUACGACAGACAUGCCUGAGAUCCGUAUCGUGCACGUGUUUCAAUCUAAUGUUUAGCUAAUAUUAAUAAUAAAACCUCCACCACCAAACUUUUUUUCUCUUCUUUUUUUUUUUCUAUAUAAUUAUAUAAUCGGGCGACUUGGCACGAAAAACAAUCAAAUUUGAAUGUAUUACCUAAUACUUAGGUUCUAGGGUAUUGAAUUUUUAGUUUUAAGAUUAUUUAUUAAUUUAUAUUAUAUUUGUGCUAUCGAAAACGAUCAGCUAUAGUAUUAGGCUUAUAAGUCAUAAGUCUGGCCUAACGAGUUUAUAUUAUAUUAUGUGUCUUGCCCCAAGCAAAUAUAAAACACAACAAGUGCCAAUUCUUUUAUAUUAUUAUUGUGUAAAAAUAAUUUAUUUAUAUAAUGAAAUUUAAAAUAAAUAUAGAUUUUGGCAGAUUGAUUUCUGAUACUUUUAUUAUAUUAUAUGUUGUCAUCAAAUAAAUCUCAUAGGUACCUAUAAGCUAUAAUACUAUUAAUAAACAUCUAAUAAAAAUUAUAUGAAAGUAUAAUCAUUUUAAGUGCGUUAUUUCAUUAUUGGUUUUUUUCCUUACAUAAUAUACAACAAAAAUAAAACAAAUUUAUGUAAUCCUAUUUAAGGUUGACAAGCAAUCUCCUGAUGGGUACGCUUUUCUAAAUUUAUCAACAAGGUCUUGAUCUAUUAACCUAAUACCUUCUACCUGGUUCCCAAGUGUUAUCCUGUAAA